GGGCUUCUAUGGUGGCUCGAUGAGGCCGGGGCAGAGGCGCCGCGGACUCGAGGGAUGGAGGAGGCCGCCUCAGCGAUGGAGACACCUGUGCGGGGGCUGGUGCUGCGGCUCCAGAACCUGCAGGCUAAGCGUUCCAAGGCCUUUCAGCUCCUCAACGAAGAAGCAGCCGGAGCUGAGGGACUGGUGGGGCCGGCGCUGGCAGAGUGGAGCAGCUGGGAGGUACCGGCAGCUGGUGCAUGAGGUGACUGAGGUCUUUGUCAGCAUCUCCCAAGAAGUUCUGGAGAUCCAAGAUCAGCUGAGAGGGUCACGGGGCCACCCUGACCUCGCCCAGCACCUCACCCGCCUCCAGGACAAAGAGCGGGAACGACUGGAGCUGACAGCAGCCAUGCAGCUGGCCCGGCAGAGGGCCCGGGAGGAGCUGGGGGCUGAGGUUCUCCAGGAGGAGGAGCAAGAGCUCAAGAACAGGAUAAUUAAAACCAUGGAGGCAAUCAGUGAAAUUCUCCAGGACCUCAAGUACGAUUCGGAAGAGACUGAGUGAUUUUUCCCCCGUGGGAAUCGCCGAGGGAGAUGGAAAACGCUGGAAGGAGAGAGCCGGCACUGCACGGGCCCUCCAAACCGCCCUCGCAUCCCGCGCUCCGCCCUGCCCUCCUCCCCACCCCCGCCGGACACACCCCUCCCUUCCCUUCCCCAGACUGGAACAUCCCAGGGUCACUGCAACCCAGAUUAGAGGCAGGGGAAACCAGAUGAUCCUGGGCAAAAACUCUGCCACCCGGAUGGGACAGGGCCAGAGGCCACUAGUUAGGGGGCCUCCCUCUUUUCCUCCCCACCCCCCUCUGCCCCCUUUCUCCUGGUCCCUCUUGGCAUUGGUUUCUCCUUGGCGAUGCUGGCACAUCCCUGGGCCAACCAGCUGGGUGGGGGAUGCUGGGGUCUUCCGGGAUGCUGCCAGGGGGUAGCAGUGCCUGUUGGUCAGGACGAUGCUCCGGGGCAGCAGGGGUAGGUGGGGCCGGGCCUUCGACUGGCUAGUGAGAGAGGAGGUGGAUGGGACCUGCCGGGGCUCCCAGCUCAACCCAGCCCUUUUUCCCCACCCACUCUGCUAGACCCAGUCUUCUCCAACUUGCAAAGCACCACUCCAUUAGCCCAGAUUCUGUUUCCAACAAUAAAGGGCAUCUUUAUUCUC